UACUUCCGCCUACAUCCUCCUCUCUCUGCCAUUGCUGUGGUGGUGCCGCCGACGGUUGACGGUGACGGGCGCUGACGGUGGACUCCUGCUAGCGGCUUGGCUGGUGCGAGCGGUUGACUGUGCCCUUCGCCAUGUCUUCUCACAAGACCUUCAGGAUCAAGAGGUUCCUGGCCAAGAAGCAGAAGCAGAACCGGCCCAUUCCCCAGUGGAUCUGGAUGAAGACCGGCAACCGAAUCCGGUACAACGCCAAGAGGAGGCACUGGAGAAGAACCAAGCUGGGCCUGUGA